CUGGGGACGGAGGCACCGACCCAGCUUUGCGCCCAUCCCGCUCCCGCCUCCCGCCGGCCACCGAUUCACACAUCAAUUCCCCUCCGCUGUCCCCAUCCCGCCGAUUCGAUCCCCUCUCUGCCGGCGCCUACCGCCGCCGCCAACCCUCCUGCCCCACCUCCGCCAGAUCGCGCCGCCUCCGUCCCUCCACUGCCCCAGCCGCUCAUCGCGGCGCGUCGGGACCGGAAACGCCGCGCCCGUUGCCAGCCGGGUUGGCAAGUCAGGGCGGCGGUCAAGAUGCCACCUCCGGCGCCGGGGGCCGGCGGCGCCCCCGUCGCCGAUCGCUGGGCGUCGCUGCCCGGGGACCUGGUCCGCCUCGUCGCGUCGCGCGUGCUGGCCGGCGACCUGCUGGACUACGUCCGCUUCCGGGCCGUGUGCACGGGCUGGCGGUCCGGCGCCGCCUGCCCUCGCGGCCGCGGCGUCGCCGACCCGCGCUUCCACCCGCGCCGCUGGAUGAUGCUUCCCGAGGGCCACGGCCUCCACCCCGGCCACCCCGACCUGCGCGGGUACAUCCGCUUCCUCAACCUCGACACGGGGGCCUUGGUCCGCGCCCAGCUCCCGCUCCUCAGCGACCACUGCGCCAUCGAUUCGGUCGACGGCCUCCUCCUGCUGCUGCGGGAGGAGGACAACGCCGUCCGCCUCCUCCACCCUUUCACCGGCGACAUCGCCGAGCUCCCACCGCUGGCGAACCUCCUCCCGCAGCUCGCCCCGCUGCUUUAUAACUGCCCCGUGCCACAAAGGAUCAGAAGGCUUGCAGGGAUCGUCUCUGCUUCUGCUUCCUUCGGCUCCGAAGCCAUCACCGUCAUGCUUGCACUUCAUGAGGUACACCAUGUAGCAUUUGCUACCACCCUGGAUCAGCAAUGGACUCUGUCAAGCUGGAAGUACCAGCUAGGAUGUCCUCCACCUGUGUCAUUCCAAGGCAAACUGUACAUGGCGUGUUAUGUCCUAUACAGCACCGUCUUCGAGAUUUUCCAGAUUGACCCACCUGUAAAGGAUGGGAUGGGCUCAGAUUAUGUCCUUCACCCACCAAAGUUGAUUGCCACAGUCCCUGAAGGCAACCUCAUUAUGCCUAUCAAUCUGGUAGAGUGUGACUCAGAGAUCCUGCUGCUUGGCCACAAAGAUUUCUACAUGUCGCAAAUUGUAGUUUUCAAGCUUGCCGAUCUUGUCCUGCAAUGGUGUAUCCCAAUAACAAGCAUCGGAGGCAAUACCUUGUUUAUCUCAGAAAGGAGCUUGAGUGUCGCCUCUAAAGCACUGCCUACCCCUAUGGGUGACAAUGUCAUCUGCUUUGAACCAACAGAACACUGUCUUGUGCAGUACCACCUCAUUAGUGGCACCUGGUCACCGCCAACCGAUAACUGCAGCAUCUAUGGUCCUGCGCCGGGUCCUCGUAGCCUCAUCCACCUUAUCUACAAUUGUUGCAUUCGUAUUCGAUGGAACAGUGGGCUAGUAUUUGGAAGGACUCUGAAAGGCUGGUUUGGUGAAGUUUAAAGAGCAAGAGGCUAGUCCUACACUCCUACUCCAUCAUCCUUUGUUUUCAGCACCAAUACAUAGUGAACUAGGUUGGGCUUGUUAAUCCUGCAAACAACUGUUAUUCUAUUUCCCCAGUGUUUCAGAGUACAAUAUAUGCUCCAUCACUCCCAACCAUCAAAAUCUGCCUAGAUCUGCAGAGACCACGAUUUUCAGUACUGGGUAUGUUAGUUGCAGUGUUGUUUACAAUUAUCGCCUGUUUCCUACACCAAUCAAAUUUUCAAAUUCUUAAUUGUCCACCCAAUCCAUUAAAUGUUGAUAUACUUCUGUAAGAUAGUGCCUUUUCCUUCUUGAUUCAGUUACACUGUUAUUUUCAUUUGGUAUUAGCUAUGUGUGUUCAAGAAAAAGGUUACUAUCAGUUGAAAGUUACUUGCCAUUUGUACAUGUAACAUCGUUUUGAUCACAUUUGGGGCCUGUUUGGUAACCAGUGAUUUUGAUCCAAAUCCUUGAGUUUUACUUGCCUUUAUAAUGUGCACAUCUUAAUGUCUGGCUUUAUGUGCUUUCCUAUUGUUUAGCAGGGAUAUAAAUUUGGGUUACUUGCCUAAUUACCUACUGGUAUAGUAUAUAUUCUUAUUCCAAUGCCUGUGAUAAUCUGUGCAAGGUCCUGCUAGUCUGGCAAAUGGACUUCCAGGCUUCCACCACCACCACAACAUAUUCCUAUUUUGCCCAUUGAAUCAUGAAAUUUGACAUUUGGACACCCCCUGUAUUUCACACUUAAGCACAGAUCCACUCACAUAUUCUGAUUACCAAGCCCUAAACCCUGUAACCCCUCUGUCCCUAACUCCCUAUGUAUGCGCUAUUGCAGCUACCCUUCUCGGCUUCUCCUGAGGUUCUCUUCACCUUGCCCAAAUCCUACUGCCUAACACUAAUACCUGCAGUAGACUGCACAUAGUAACAAUCAUUUGCUUAGGACUUGGAAUUUGAAGUUUAAUCUACUACUACUGAACUUUUUUUGUCUCCUGGUUUAUGAUGUCUUCCUUUUAUCACUUCUGUGCUGCUGCUUUUUUUCCUUUUUCUUUUCUACCUGUCUAUUCAUAUGGGUAAUCUAUUUAACGCUUCCAAUUCCAAUACACAAUCAUCUCUGUUGCAGGCAAAGGGUAAAGAAGAAGGAAAGGCAAACAUUAGAAGGAAAACAGCACUGUUGCUUUCUGGGACAUUGUGCAAAUCACAAAUGUCAAGCAAGACCGGCUGCGAUGCGGAAUCAGUCAAUGUACAUUCAAGAAGCCAUGCCGAUUUUGUAAAUGUCACCAGAUAGGACGAAUCCAUGUGGAAUUUGAAUCCCAUGGCUCAUGGGCGUCAAUUUGGAUCCAAAAUAGACCUAUAUCUAUAUAGUAACAUCGUAUCAUAGUUCAGAGAAUCAAUUGUAGGAAUUGAGCAAAUAACGAUGCAUCAUAGCUUAGAGAAAUACAAUAAUUGAGCAAAUAAAUACAUGUUCUAGAGAAAUGGGAAACAAACAGAUUUAAGCC